AUGUCCACCGUUAAUGUUUUGAGAUACUCUGCGUUGGGUUUAGGAUUAUUUUUUGGCUUCAGAAAUGAUAUGAUCUUGAAGUGUAAUGCCAAAAAGAAAGAAGAACAAGCACAGUAUGAAGAAAAAUUGAGGUUAGUGGACGAAGCUAAGAGAGAAUACGCUAAGUUACAUCCUGUAGAGGUUCCUAAGGUUUUACCUACAACCGCAUCGGUUAAUUUAGAAGACCCUAAUAUUGAUUUUGAAAAAGUUAUUCUUAAUGCCGUUGAAUCCUUGAAGGAAACUUCAACAUAA